GAUUGCUGCUUGCUCCCCGUAGGGCUGCACCAACAUGGCGGCUUUCUGAGUUUACGAAGAGGAAAAAAUAGCUAAUGUGUAAAUAAAGCAAGUGUACAUUAUUUAGAGAGUAGGCUAGUUGUGUGAAGUGGUUGGGGUGUUGAUGAUCUGUUGUACAGAGAGAAGUAAAAAAUGUCGAGUGACGGAAGUAAAAAGCAGUUCUGGAAAAGGAACACAGCGAAGGUUCCUGGCAGUAUACAGCACGUUUAUGGAGCCCAGCAUCCUCCAUUCGAUCCUCUUCUACAUGCAAAUUUGAUCAAAGCUGGAAACAAGCCGCCUGCGACGAGCACGCCUGGAAAGCCGAAGAAAGCCACCACCUUCCAGGAGUUUGAGAGCAUCACAAGCGAUGCCUGGGACGUAGGCGACGACGACGAUGAGCUCCUCGCCAUGGCCGCCCAGAACCUCAACAUCGAGGUAGUGAUGGAGACGGCCAACAAGGUGAUCGAGAACCACAGCAAGCAGCAGGAGCGACGACAGCAGCAGCUCGAUGAACCUCCUGGGCCUGAGGAGAAAGACGAAGAGGAGGGGCACGACAAAGAUGAAGAGGAGAGGCUGGAGGAGGAGGAGACAACCACAGAGCUGUCCUUUAGCUCGGAGCGUCUCCAUCACAGUGACAGCAGGCUGGUGAAGUCCCACAGUGAAGCACCUAUUGGCUCUCCAAAGGAGAUGAGUGGCGAGCGGGCAGCGCUAUACAGGCAGCAGUCGCUCCCUCACAGGCCGGUCAUCCCCCUGGUGGCCCGCAUGGCCGAUCAGAACACAUCAGGAACUCCUGCCAUGACGGAGAGAGAGGCUUCCAGACUAGACAAGUUCAGACAGCUUGUAGCUGGGCCUAACACAGACCUCGAAGAGCUUCGGAAGUUGAGCUGGUCAGGAAUUCCACGGCAAGUGCGUCCUAUCACAUGGAAGCUUCUCUCAGGUUACCUGCCUGCCAAUGCCGAGCGCAGAGCCAGCACGCUGCAGAGAAAGAGGCAGGAGUACUUUGGUUUCAUCGAGCAGUACUACGACUCCCGUAACGACGAGCAUCACCAGGACACCUAUAGACAGAUUCACAUAGAUAUUCCCCGGAUGAGUCCGGAGAGUUUAGUGCUCCAGCCGAGAGUCACUGAGAUUCACAUUGACAUACCGAGAACUAAUCCUCUUAUUCCUCUCUUUCAACAAGCUUCUGUGCAAGAGAUCUUUGAGCGGAUUCUGUUCAUCUGGGCCAUCCGGCAUCCCGCCAGCGGUUACGUACAGGGCAUCAACGAUCUCGUCACGCCCUUCUUCGUUGUCUACAUCUUUGAGUAUAUCGAGGAAGAGGUGGAAAAUUUCGAUGUUUCCAGCUUGCAGGAAGAGGUGCUGCGGAACAUUGAGGCUGACAGCUUCUGGUGCAUGAGCAAGCUGCUGGAUGGCAUUCAGGACAACUAUACUUUUGCCCAGCCGGGGAUCCAGAGGAAAGUGAAAGCUCUGGAGGAGCUGGUGAGCCGAAUCGAUGAGACAGUACAUCGGCACAUGCAUUAUUAUGAGGUGGAAUACUUGCAGUUUGCCUUCCGCUGGAUGAAUAACCUGCUGAUGAGAGAGCUUCCCCUGCGCUGCACCAUCCGACUGUGGGACACCUACCAGGCCGAGCCCGAGGGCUUCUCCCACUUCCACCUGUAUGUGUGUGCUGCUUUCUUGGUGCACUGGAGGAAGGAGAUUUUGGAGGAGAAGGACUUCCAGGGCCUGAUGAUCCUGCUGCAAAAUUUACCCACCAUGCACUGGGGCAAUGAGGAAGUGAGUGUGCUCCUGGCUGAGGCCUACAGGCUAAAGUUUGCCUUCGCAGACGCACCCAAUCACUACAAGAGAUGAGGCUUCCAGCAGCAUGACUACUGAACCGAGACUCUCGAUGGCCCACCCUGAGGCUUCUUAUGGUCCACUCUGAAACUCCUGAUGGCCCACCAUAAAAACUCUACAAUGGCCUUCCCUAAUAUUCCUGAUGGCGCUCCCUGAGGCUCCCAACGGCCCACCCUAUUAUUCCUGAUAGCCCAUAUGAAGAUUCCCUAUGGCCCACCGUGAGACUCCUGAUGGCCCACCCUGAAGCUCCUGAUGGCCCACCUUGAGACUCACAGUGGCCCACCAUGAGACUCCUGAUGGCCCACCAUGAGACUCUCAGUGGCCCACCCUGAGGCUACAGGUGGCCCACCCUGAGGCUACAGGUGGCCCACCCUGAGAAUCCUAAUGGCCCCCCCUUGAGACUCGUGUUGGCCCAUCCUGAGACUCUCCAUGGCCCACCCUCAGACUCCCAACCGGUUCAUCAGUUGGAAGUGGACUGUGUUUACUGGACUCAGUGUAAAACUGUAGCUUUUGUUCCUUCACCUCCAGCUCUGUUCUUACUAACCCACACACUCCAGACACCAACUAUCCCCUGUCUAUUUAAUCAAGCCAAAAAAAAAAAAAAAACUCUGAAAAAGAUGCUUCUCUCAAAAAUGUGUAACGGAUCAUUUUUUUCUGUCCUUUUUUAAAUUUCCGGCCCUCUAACACCUAAAAGGUUUCACAGCAAAGGUUUUGUGUAGGCUGAUAAAAUGUUGCCAGUUUAUUACAAAACCCUGAGUUCUGGACUGGUUAGAGAAGAAGUACUGAUGCUGAGAGUGUGUGAGUGUGUGUAGGUGUGUGGGUGACUGAGAGGAAGACUGUCUGGCACAAAAUUUCUCAGCUACAUCAAGAGUAAUAGCUGGAAGUACGCUUUUGCACUGAACAGUCUCCAUUAGGAAUCUCCCUUACAGCUGCAGGUCAGGAGUGCGCUGCAUUAAAGGCAAUAAUGACGCAUUACUCAGACAGGAAGACAGAAUAGAGACGCUUAUCCAUGCAUCCGGAGAACUGGCUUAAAAAAAAAAAGAAAAAAAAAGAAAAGAAAAACACCCUGGAAGUAGAAUGAAAGGACACUUUAUUCAAACCUAGGUCUACCUCAGGAGCCGGUCGGUGUUGAUCGGCAGUCAGAUGGAAUGCAGUACCUAGGCCAUUCAUCUGCCUCCAUGUCAGAACAAUAGCCAUGAUGUUCAUUCCCUGAACGCUCGUCUUCAUUCUAUUUUUAGUAGAAUAAAUACGAUUUUGCCUUAAUUUGGCUACUUUGAUUCCGCUAGAUACAGAAGUUUGCUAUCACAAGUGGCUUGUCUAUAGAAUUCUAGCUGCUCUAAUCUAAGCCUUUCACAUGCUUAAUGGCCUGUCAUUUCGAACCUCUGUUUGGAGUUCUGAUCCAUACUUGUUGCAUGAUGCUGUCGUUAGCGAGCGCGUUCAGGGCAUAAACGCUCUCCACAAAGUAAGUAGUGGCAGUAUUCAAACCUAUGUGCUGCGUUCAAUCAUGUUGUCAGCCUUUUCAUUUUCCCUGCCAGUUCUUAAAUAUAAUGAUAUACGUGAACAGAAAGAAAAUGCACUCUAUUUUUCUCAGUUUUGUAUAACAUAUAUCGCUUAAAUCAGCUUUUUUUUUUAAAUUGAUGUUUUCUUUUAUAUACUGUUUACAUGAGCCUGUUAAGUUGUGCCUAACAUCAGAAAUAGUGUAUACCAUCUCAGAUAUUUAUUUUUCCUUAACAUUGAACAUUCACUCACAGUAGGUAGGCUUGUGCUGAUAUCGAAUUUUACCAUGUCACAGUGUUGCGUUUUAAAAUAAAUGACAAAUAAAUGCAGUGCUUCCUACUGAGCGACGUUUUAACUGUAAAUGAGAGGUCAGACAUGUUUUCCAAGCAUUAAUAGAGUCCAAACUGUAAAACCCUUUGAAUUGGACAGAUUUAAUUUCAGGAGUACAAAUGCUCUGCAGAAAUGCUUCCUACCGAGGCAGCCUCGUCUCAAAGGGCAUGCAGGAGUAGUAGGUAUUUUGAAGUGUUGCGCAAUACUGUAUAAGUGAUUAUCAGCACAUGCCUACUGAGUGUUACUGCUACACUGGGCUCCGUGCAUGGAGACCAGGCUAACCUUGUUAACUGACCUUCUCUGUCUGGUUACCUCACUCAUAAGACUAACAUACGAUAUGUGCUACCUGUUUCUCUUGCUUUUUUUUUCCCUGCAGUGUUUUCUUCCCUCCGUGAGCAGUGAAAAGCAGAGCCCUGGAUAUCAGACAAGGAGAGUUUCAUGACUUUAGCCUUUAGAAACUACCGAUUUUAAAAGGGUGUUAGAAAAUUUUCUGAAAUGUUAUUGAAUUAAAAUUUGUGUACAGAACAAUGACUUUUCAAAGGUCUGUAAAUAGAGAGAAAUGUGUAAAUAAAUGCUAUAUAUGAUCAACCA